AUGGAAUCAACUGAACAGGUCACCGCGCCAGCUGCUGAGCUGCUGGAUGUCAAGAAUGAAGCAUUGCUGGUAACGUCAGGUUUGAUCAACGGUCAAGAAGUCAACGGGCACAAAGGAAAAACGUUCCCCGUCAUAGAGCCAUCAAGUGGAACCGUGCUUGCCCAGUGUGCAGACUUAUCCAAGGAGCAUAUCGUAUCGGCCAUCGAGGCUGCCGACAAAGGAUAUGUCACGUACUAUAAGACCACCACGGCACGGGAACGAGGCCUGUUAUUGAAGAAGUUCCACCGGCUAAUCCUUGACAAUGCGGACGACUUGGCCAGAAUCCUCUCCCUCGAGAAUGGGAAGACAAUCGCCGAAGCAAGAGGAGAAAUCAACUACGCCGCCUCGUUUGUUUCCUGGUUCGCCGAAGAGGCGACUCGCGCCUACGGAGACACCAUCCCAUCAUCUUACUCGAACGCGGAGGUUUUCACCUUUAAAGAACCAGUAGGAGUGUGCGGUAUCAUAACCCCCUGGAACUUCCCAGCUGCCAUGAUCACGCGAAAAAUCGCACCGGCCCUCGCUGCAGGCUGCUCAGUUGUUAUCAAACCUCCUCGCGAGACCCCCUUUAGUGCGCUUGCAUUGGGCAAGCUUGCUCUCGCUGCGGGCAUCCCAGCUGACUGCAUCCACGUCGUCCCUACAAGCGACCGACAAGUAGCCUCGGAGUUAGCAUUGAAUCCCCAAGUGAGGAAGCUGAGCUUCACUGGCUCUACUGGGGUUGGCAAAACACUGACGGCGAUGGCUGCGCAAACGAUGAAACGGGUCAGCAUGGAGCUUGGAGGGAAUGCUCCGUUCAUUGUAUUCCAAGACGCGGAUCUGGACCAAGCAGUCGCCGGGGUAAUGGUCUGCAAGUUUCGUUCGUCCGGCCAGACCUGUGUGUGUGCAAACCGCAUUCUUGUCCAUAGGAAUGUACAGGAGAUGUUCAUCGCAAAGCUUAUCGAGAAAGUUCGAGCCCUCAAGCUCGGAAGGGGUAUAGACGCCGAUACGACCCAAGGGCCCUUGGUCAACGCCGCCGCUGUUAAGAAGGUUGCGGAGCACGUUGAGGAUGCAAUUGGCAAAGGCGCGACUUUGCAUACAGGCGGCAAACCACCCAGUCACUUGUCAGGAUUCUUCUACGAGCCGACGGUCAUCAGUGGUGUUGUACCUGGCAUGGCUGUUGCUUCUGAGGAGACCUUUGGCCCACUUGCGGCCAUCUUCACCUUCACCAGUGAGCAGGAAGCAGUGGCCCUGGCCAACGCUACCGAGUUUGGUCUGGCGGGAUACUUCUUUAGUGAGAAUAUUGGGCGUGCCAUGAGAGUGGCGCGCCAGCUUGAGUGUGGUAUGGUUGGCGUGAAUACAGGACUUAUCAGCGCUGCAGAGUCGCCUUUUGGCGGCGUUAAAGAGAGCGGAAUGGGGAGAGAAGGCAGCAGGUAUGGCCUGCAUGAGUAUCAAAACAUCAAGAGUGUGACAGUCGGCAAUUUGCAGGGUUGA